AUGCCAACAUCCAACCCCGGGGAUUUUGUGUUCCUGCCUGUUUGUUUCUCGAUCGUCUGUUAUAAUGGUCUCAAAGUCAUUCAAGGCACGUCGAUCGGCGAUAACACGGUUACAUGCGGCUCCGCAGCUCAAUGUUACAACAUGAGCGCCCAAGCCGGCCAAUACCUCGAUGUCGUGAAAGCGGGCUGCUCGCUAUGGAGAUGCUUGUUCGCGAGCAACCGCUGCAUCAGCACCACCUUCCAAAAGAUCCCAAUCUCGAUGUGCUGCUGUAACACCGACCGCUGUAAUCAGGGGAAUGCCGUUGGGUUUGAA